CGUAAUAAACCAAGGAUGGACAAGUUAACGACGAUCAGCGCUGGUCUGUUUAUGGCGGCGGAUGUCUGUGCCAUCGUAAGCCUAGCGAUGCCCGAUUGGAUAGUGACCAGUGUUGGAGGUGAAACGCGCUUGGGAUUGAUGUGGACAUGUAUGACGCUUUACAACCGGCCACAGGUGUGCUUCACGCCGGAACUGCAGCCGGAGUGGUUUAUUGCGCUGAUAUGCAUUUUCGUCGGUUGCAUCUGCAUCACUACCACCAUUAUUCUGCUGGCAUCCAGCAACUGGGAUCGUAAUGUGAUUCCCUAUGCACGGUGGGUCGGUUUUACAGCAAUGGUUCUGUUUUGUCUUGCGGCAGUUAUAUUUCCGCUCGGAUUUCAUGUGGAUGAAAUCGGUGGACAACCGUACCAUCUGCCACACUCGCAUCAGGUUGGCAUCUCGUACAUUAUGUUCGUGCUGGCCCUUUGGAUCACGGUCAUAUCGGAGCUGUUUGCCGAGAAGGUGUGUCUGCCGCAGUUUUGA